CAAAACCAGUUCAGUUCGUGCCCGGCUGCCGUGCGCGUCGGUUGUCUCGCGGAGAGAGUGUAUUCGCCGCGCUGUGUUACGAAAAAACAUCUUUUGUACCAAAACCAAACCAGUGCUGUGGAUUCCUAUUAUUAUAGUGCUCGUGUGAGAUUGUGCCAUUUCAUAUUGUGAUGUUGUCUGUUCGAGGUGUUAUAGUGGAGGAUUUCUCUUGAAAACUGUGGAACGGGUUCCGCCUGCCGCCGCCGGACGCCUUUUCUCUCCGAUCUCGGGAUAUCAUUAAGAUGCACACCCAAGAUGAACCCGGGAUUUGACCAGAAACAACCACACAUCAUCUAACACCACCCAACCAGAACCAACCAUGUCCAGCCACCCAACACUGGACCCAAUUCCAGAUUCUUCUGGAAAUCCAAUAACCACAAAGAAGAAGAGUCUACAAGACUUAAAAUAUCUUCUAGAAGACAGAGGAUGUAAGAGAAGAUGGAGAAGAGAUAGCAGUAGUAGUUUGGACAAUAAUAGUAAAGUUUUUAGUGUAGUGAAUAAAAGGUUUGACAUGGGAACCUGGUGCUUUAGUAGGUUUAAAACUAUCACGUUAUUAUUAUUAAUGUUUCUGGUUGUUGAUAAUGUGCACGGGAGGAGUUCAGAACCGCGGUACGAGACCGCGUAUGCUUGUGAAGGGAAGACGUUGAAGAUUGGCUGCAGGGAGGGCUCCGUGAUCCACCUCAUCAGGGCGAACUAUGGAAGGUUCUCGAUCACGAUAUGCAACGACCAUGGCAACACCGACUGGAGUGUCAACUGCAUGUCCACGAAGAGUUUGCGCGUUUUACAUAGCAGAUGUAGUAUGCAUCAAAACUGUAGUAUACUGGCCAGCACGAAUAUGUUCGGCGACCCGUGCCCGAACACGCUCAAAUAUCUAGAAGCCCACUAUCAAUGUGUACCAGCAUCAACAACAAGUACAACGAAUCGUCCAUCACCGCCUUGGCUGAUCACCUCCCAGCCUACGGUCUGGCGGUCCACCCAGCCACCGAUUCCCAAGAACCCAGUGCAGACCCAGCAGAAUGAACGGAAAAAGCCCACUGUCAUCACACCGCCGACGUUCAGACCUCAUAUAACGUUGCCACCUGAGGUCAAACUUGGUGAUGUCGCUUCUAAGAAGACUACAACACGACAACCAGACUCCUCAUCAGAAAGGGAACCUCCUCAGAGUCCUCGGGAAACGAUACCUGAGGUCAAAGAGGAGACUAAGGUCAACGAACCCGAACAGAAGAACGAGAAACCACCUAAGGAAGAUGAACCGACUGUGACAGAAGAAACUUUGGAAUGGCCAUCAAAAGACGAGGAUUCAGAACCAACACCAUCCAUACACCUGGCUCCAAAAGACAACAGACCAGGAGGCGACAUAGUUGAUGAAAUUGAAAGAACUUUUUCAACAAUCGCCACACCAAACAUUGGACGUCGUGUGUUCUGUCCACAAGUCAGUGCUCGAGGUUUGAACUGGAACUGGACUCUAGCGGGCACGUACGCUGUGCAACCGUGCCCUGGGGGCGCCACGGGAUUGGCGCGCUGGAAAUGUACGUUCACUCCUCAUCAGUUGACGGAUGAGGAGCGUCCUCGACGUCGUGGCACCGGUCUGCCAUCAGGAGAGAACUUCCACGACCUGGGACUCGAACCUUCAGACAGACAGAUGCAAUUAAUCAGAAGACUUGGAUCUGAAGCUCUUUUGAAAGGUCGCGACGGUGACGUACCCGAACACAUAAUCGACUACCGUGGCACUGGCAGCAGUCUCGUCGAGUCCGUUGGCAACCUCAACCAAUUGGCUAACGAUUUAAUAUACACCGAUUCAGUACCAGAAUGGCAUGGUGAGACUCCAGAUCUAAGUGAAUGCCGCUCCGUGUGGUUGAACAGCUUAGAAGCCAGGGUUAGAGAAGGAGAAUCACUGCUCAGCAUCAGCAAUGAUUUGGCUCAGGUAACCUCAUCAAAGACCCUAUACGGAGGAGAUAUGAUGACCACAACCAGCAUCAUGAAAAAGCUCGCCCAGAGAAUGUCACAGAACGUCCAGACCUUCCCAGACCCUCGGCAGAGGGAAGCCAUCGUCACUGACAUGCUACUUGGAGUCAUCAAAACUGGAUCGAACCUUCUAGAAGAAAGCCAGCGAUCUUCUUGGGCUGAUCUCAGUUCUGAGGCCCAGAGUAGAGCGGCUAGUGCUCUGCUGACCCAACUUGAGGAGAAUGCCUUCCUUCUGGCUGAUGCUGUGACCAAAGAGAAGACUAUUCUGCAGAUUGUUAACAAUAUUUGUCUAUCAGUAAGGGUUUUGGAAGUAAAGAACGUGGAAGACGAGACCUUCCCGUCACCCAUCGCGCAAGAGCAAUGGAAGGGAUCUGAAGAUACCAUCACCAUACCCAAAGCUGCCUUACUGGAUAACCGACAAAACGACUUAGUUCGUAUCGUAUUCUUUGCCUUCAAUCGCUUAGAAGAGAUUCUACCACCGACCUUCGGAAAAACCCCUCGCUUCCUCUCCACCUUCCAAGCGGACUCUGGAACCUCUUCAUCCACCAGCAUCAACUCGGAGAAAGAGAAGAAGAAUAUCACUAGAGUACUUAAUUCUAAGGUUAUCUCAGCCAGUCUAGGGAACGGACGCCACAUCCAGCUCUCUCAGAUGGUACAGAUCACAAUGAAACAUAUCAAGACCGAGAAUGUCACCAAUCCAGCUUGCGUCUUCUGGGAUUAUACGUUGCAUGGCUGGUCUCCAGAAGGUUGUCAAGUGGAAUGGUCCAAUUCUACGCACACGGGGUGCGCGUGCUCACACCUCACCAACUUCGCGAUCCUAAUGGACGUGCACGCCGUGCCACUGAGCGCGGCGCACGAGUUGGCUCUGCAAACACUAACUUACAUCGGCUGUGGCAUCUCCACUGUAGCUUUGGCGGCCGCCAUCAUUGUUUUUACCUGCUUUAGAAAUGGAAAGUCUGACCGCGCCUUAAUCCACAAGAACCUGUGUGCCUGCCUCCUAGUCGCCGAGAUCGUGUUCCUAGCAGGUAUAGACAAGACACAGAACAGAAUCUUCUGCGGAGUAGUCGCUGGUCUUCUGCAUUACUUCUUCUUGGCUGCUUUCGCGUGGAUGUUCCUUGAAGGAUUCCACCUUUACGCGAUGCUGGUAGAAGUAUUCGAGCCAGAACAUCCGCGGGCCAGAUGGUACUGCACCUGUGCGUACCUGGUGCCAGCGCUGAUAGUCCUGGUGUCUGCUGCCGUGUACCCUGGAGGAUAUGGCACUGAGAAACAUUGCUGGCUGACCACUGAUCGAUGGUUUAUGAUGAGCUUCGUUGGACCUGUUAUUUUGGUGCUGGUGGCUAACUGGAUCUGUCUGAUCAUGGUGAUCUACAUGAUGUGCACGCACUCCACGGUCUCUCUGAAGGCGAAAGAUGACGCCAAGCUUUAUAAAAUGAAGGUUUGGCUAAAAAGCUCUCUGGUUCUGGCGUUCCUCCUGGGACUGACCUGGACCUUCGGCCUGCUGUACCUGAGCGAGCAGACAGUAGCUAUGGCGUAUGCCUUCACUAUCCUGAACUCCCUGCAAGGACUUGUGAUCUUCAUCUUCCAUUGUUUGCAGAAUGAUAAGUUCCGAAACGAAUGCGCUCGCAUCGGCCGUCGACACCCCUGGCUCUCUUGCUGUCUCCACUUCACAGGACAACCCUCAGAAACCCUACAGCAUAAUAAUGGACCCACGGCAUCUUCCUCCAACCACAUGGACACCAGACAAGGGUCUGUGAAGAGUCGAAGGUACCACCAGAGCGCUGCUGAUGUAGAUGAUGUCGUGGAUCCAAGAGAUGUCACGAGUUACAACUUGCAACCUGAGACGGCGCGCUGGAAUAUUCGUCCGACGGCCCCGAUUUACGUUCCAAGUGACGAUGCAAGAUCGAUGCGUGUACCGACUCCUCAGAAUAUUCCGCAUUCUACAUCUCACACACAAAGUAUAGCGUCGAUGCAUAGCUACAGGAACAAUAUAGAAGUUCCUAAUGAUUACCAGAAUUUGAGGUCUCGUUCGCCAUCUUGUUUUUCGAACAAGAUGGCGGCUUCUAUUGGCGCGAACGAGUGGGCGGUGAUGGCGAAUGCUAACGUUUGGAAGAACACUUCUUCUAAACAUCACCCAGGGAACACGUCUACCCUGCCGCACCACGACACACUGUCGCGGCAGCUCGCCCAGCAGAACCACAUCCACAGCCCCUACGAGUGUGACGCGCCCCUUGCGCCUCCAUCCCCCCGCCAUGCCCUGAAAGACGAAGAAAGCCCUCUCCAUCACCCACAAGGGUACCAAACCACUCGCAGCUACAACCACGACUUCAGAAACCCACACGUAUACAUGUCCCAACACUCUCCAGGCAGUCAGGAGAUGAUCUUCAGAAAACACUACAAAGAUGAUCGCAGAAAACACCACCAUCACCAUGGAAGCCAAAACGUCAACCACACUUAUUCCGAAAUCGCCAACCAACAAGGCAGAAUGUACCGACGAGGCUCUGAACAAGAAUUCCGAGUCAUACAAGAUGACCCAGUCUACGAAGAAAUCGAGAGGAACGAGACUUUAAUGUCUGACAUGUCGGACGACAACUCAGGCCCUGACAACUGCCGGCAGAACCCUGGACACCAUGGGUCUUCCAGCUCCAAGUUUUUUGGAGACCAUCGCCCUUUAAUCUCCUACAGCCCUGGAGAGAGACAUCAUCAUGAACAGGAGCAUUAUGGGAAGUAUGGAAAGUGGGACACCCUCGAUCGUUAUGACCAGAGGCACUAUGAGAGUGGAAGGCUGAUGCACCCGUAUCAUCAGCCCCAAGAGAGCAACAUGAGGGCUCUAGCAGCCGUUCUCAACGGAGAAAACAAUGUGGUCUGCCACUUGGAGCCACACAACUCCUACGACGUUUACCAGCCCCAGAGUGGCAACCCUAGGACUGUGUCGCAACCCAGUUUUUAAACAGUGCAAUUUGAACCUUGUGAUUAGACUGUGAAAGUAUGUGUUAGCGACUUCGCGUGUUGUACAGAUAAAAAAAAACUAGUAAAAGGGAAAUUUUUCUAUGGACGUAGACAGUUAGAGGUCUUAGAAACACUUCAGGUUUAUUUAGAGAAACUUGCCAUAACAUGGACAUUAAUAUUUAUAGUAUAUAGUGACUUAAAUUUAAAUCACUUUUUUCACUGUGAUCCUAUUUAAAUAUAAUGGCUCAAGAUUCUAUGUCGCGACCAUGUACUCAUUGCGAGUUGGAUAGUAAUUUUGUAUAUAUGGUUAGCGUUUAGUACUAGAUAUUUAGUACUUACUUCCAGUGUGACCUUACUAUCGUUACUACUUGGGUUACAGUCAUGGCAUUCUGUCGUAUUACAUGUUUUCUUACUGUAGUAAUGAUAUCUGUGAUGUCGCAGUCCGUUGUUGUGUUUAACGUUGUUUUUUACUCUAUGCGAAGAGUUUUAGGUAUCCUAAGUAAUGGCUAGGCGAUGUUAUACCUCUUAACUGAUGUUUGGGAGAUAUUUUUCUGCUUCUAAUCUUUUAUAUGUUGUUUUUAUGACCUCAUAUUACGUACAAAUUCAAUGCAUAUAUUUUAAUCAAUCAAUGCAAGUGUUAAUGCAAAUUAUACAUCAAUUAUACCCUUUUUUAUUGGAUUUCCGUUAAACACAACGACGAAUUGUUAUGUUUAGUUUAAGUUCGCUUUUAGCCAUUAUUGUAUCACUGCCAUAUUGUACCGUUUCGUAUGCUUUUAUACAAUUAUGAAGCUUAACUGUAUCAGUGUACGGUCGAUUUUAGUUUGAAAUAUCAUUAUGUGGUGGUAUUUUAAAAGCUUAAUGCAAUUUUACUGAGAUUUUUGUAAUCUAUCUAUUCCAAGCAUUCAUUACAAUAAGGACAUUCCUACUAGACUAACAUUUCGAUCUGUUUAUUCAAAAAACCUAUUUAAAAAGACAUAAUAGUCAAUGCACAAAAGACAAGCAUUUACACUGCCAGAUAUAAGUUUUUAAAAUACCACCACUGAGGUUAACGCAAAUUGUUUUGGGCCAAAGUAAAUACAUACAAUAUAAUUGGACAAUUUUACGUUCAUCUCUAAUGACAGCUGGAAAGAAAAAUAUCAGUAUCUAACCCAGAAAUGAGAACCUAUUUCUCAAAAUAUAAAAAAAAAAUAUCGAAAAGGUCUUUUACUAGUGAAAAAUCUAUGUUAUGGUUCAAAUAACAAAAAUUACAAGUUUCAUUUUAAGCACCUGUGAUUCCUAUUGGCCCAUAUAAAGUGCGGACCUCAAACCAGCUUAUUGUAACUAUAAUUUGUCAAUAUUUCAAAAAAUCCAUCCAUCCAAACCUAUUAUAGACUGACACCACUUGAUGUUGUGCACUUUCUGUACAUUAGAAAUUAGAAUAAAUAUCUCGUUUAAUAAAAAUAAAUAAAUAAUAAAAAAAAUCUUACAAAAAUAUGAUUUCUACGUAUAGUAGAUUUUUAAUGCCAUGCAUAUACCUGUUUACUUUUAAUAGAAAGACGCUGGUGAUUCUAUUUGUCGUUAAAUCGGUGUAUAAAGUAAUAUUUCAACCAUAGACCAUUAUGUAAUUUUGCGCAAACCAUCGACAAUUUUGCGCAACACACGUUUAUGCGCAAAACUCUUGUCAAUUCUUUGCGCAACCGUAUUUUAACCUCCUUUUUUAACUGUAGACUUAACUGUUGUACGUAAUUUAACUAAACAACGUCAAAUGGACCCACCAGCCUCCCAUAAAAUAAGGAAUUGUUUGAUUAGAAUUGAUAAAAGUACAAUAAAUAACGACAUUGAUUUCCAUGUAUAUUUUAAAUGUAAAGCAAUAUAUAUUAGACUGAAGUAUUUA